GCCCUCUCCUCUCUCUCCUUUUUUCUCUCUUGCUCGCUUAUGCGUCAGUUCCUGAAAGGUGGGGAAACUUCCUGACACUAUGAAGGCCCGCAGAGGGAGGCUAGAGCCCAUUCUGAGCCCUGGGUUGGGACCCUGAAGCCUGGGACCCCGCAGCUCAGCCGGCCUGGAGAGACGCUAAGCAAGCAUGUCCCUGGCUGAGGCCAUCAGACUCUGGAAUGAAGGGGUGCUGGCAGCCGACAAGAAGGACUGGAAGGGUGCCCUGCAGGCCUUCAGCGAGGUGCAGGACCCCCACUCGAGGAUUUGCUUCAACAUAGGCUGCAUGCAUACCAUCCUGGAAAACAUGCCGGCCGCCGAGCAGGCCUUCACCAAAAGCAUCAACAGAGACAAGCACUUGGCAGUGGCCUACUUCCAGCGAGGGAUGCUCUACUACAGCAUGGAGAAAUAUGACUUAGCUAUCAAAGACCUUAAAGAGGCCUUGACUCAGCUUCGAGGGAAUCAGCUGAUAGACUACAAGAUCCUGGGGCUGCAGUUCAAGCUCUUCGCCUGUGAGGUGUUGUAUAACAUCGCCUUCAUGCACGCCAAGAAGGAGGAGUGGAAAAAGGCGGAAGAGCAGUUGGCAUUGGCAACAAACAUGAAGUCGGAACCCAGGCACUCCAAAAUCGACAAGGCCAUGGAAAGCAUCUGGAAGCAGAAACUGUUCGAGCCCGUGGUGAUCCCUGUGGGUAGGCUCUUCCGGCCAAAUGAGAGGCAGGUGGCUCAGCUGGCCAAGAAGGACUACCUGGGCAAAGCUACGGUUGUAGCAUCCGUGGUUCAUCAAGACAACUUUUCUGGCUUCGCCCCUCUGCAGCCGCAGGCAGCGGAGCCUCCACCCAGACCCAAAACCCCAGAGAUCUUCAGGGCUCUGGAAGGCGAGGCCCAUCGAGUGUUGUUUGGCUUUGUGCCUGAGACACCAGAAGAGCUCCAGGUCAUGCCAGGGAACAUCGUCUUCGUCUUGAAGAAGGGCAGUGACAACUGGGCCACGGUCAUGUUCAAUGGACAGAAGGGCCUUGUCCCUUGCAACUACCUGGAGCCAGUGGAGCUUAGGAUUCAUCCCCAGUCGCAGCCCCAGGAGGACACCUCCCCGGAAUCCGAUAUUCCACCCCCUCCUAGUUCCAGCGCCCCAGCAAGAUCCCAGUUGUCACCAGGUCACAAGCAAAAAGAAGAGCCCAAGGAAGUGAAGCUCAGUGUGCCCAUGCCCUACAUGCUCAAGGUGCAUUACAAAUACACAGUGGUCAUGGAGACUCAGCUUGGCCUUCCCUACAGCCGGCUUCGGGACAUGGUGGCUAAGAAACUGAUGCUCUUGCCAGAACACACUCAACUGAGCUACCGGCCUCGGGACAGCUCCGAGCUUCUGCUCCUGUCUGAAGAAACCAUGAAGGAUGCCUGGGGCCAAGUGAAAAACUACUGCCUGACCCUUUGGUGUGAGCACACGGUGGGUGAUCAAGGUUUGGUAGAUGAACUCAAGGGAAGUGAAAACUCGGAUGCCCAUACCCGGACAGCAGAGCCUCCGCCUAAGGAAGGAAGCCAAGUGGUAGCAAUCUUCAGUUAUGAGGGUACUCAGCCGGAAGACCUGGAGUUUGUGAAAGGAGAUGUAAUCCUGGUGUUAUCACAUGUGAAUGAAGAAUGGCUAGAAGGGGAGUGUAAAGGCAAAGUUGGCAUUUUUCCUAAAGCUUUUGUUGAAGAACGUGCAGCCAAGGAGCUGGAAGGCACUCCGGGAGAAGUCUAGGAUGCUCCCCAACCUAUGAAGCUCAAGAAGUGCUGCUUUUUCAAGACGUGCCCAUCUCUGCUGGGCGCUAUACAGACACAUUCAGAAAUGUUCUCUAACAACAUUUCCCUAUCCGAAUUGAACCCGUCACACAG